AUGAGUGAUCAGGAUUUGACAUAUGAAGUUCAACCUAACGACUCUCUUUCUUCUAUUUCACUUAAGUUUAGGGUGACCGUUGCCUGGAUUAAACUUCUAAAUCCAAACUUAGAUUCAAAUAUUCAUCCAGGACAGAGCAUCAUAAUAAUGAAGCCUGAAAUUCUCGACGAAUGCAUAACAAUUAAAAACAUUAAAGUUUUCCCAGCAGAAGCAAAUGAUAAAGGAAUUUUGCGUUGUGAUAAAGUAAGUUUAAGAUAUCUCCCAGACAGUUCAUAUGGAAAGCCGCUUGUCAUAAAUUUAUUAGGCCACUUAGAAAGUGCUAUAAUGCCACAUCCUACUUUCAUGCUUACGCCUGGAUUUACUGAUCCAUUUGCUGAUAAUGCCCUGUCUCUAUUUGUUAUCAGCUACAUUACUGAUUUUAAUACAAAUAAAUUUGAAACAAUUUCUUUUGAAGGUUUACGUGGUGAUCUCUUGAAAUUACACCAUAAUUUACUAUUAAAAGCCGAAGCAGCUCAAUCCGCAAAGCAAUUUGUCGUACCUGAUAUUAAUUCAGCAGCUGCACAGAGAAGGAAUCGUACGAUUUCUGAUCUAACAGUAGAAAUGAACGCCCAUCGUAAUGCAACAAAUAAAAAGCGCAAUAAGCUACGCCAGAUCAAUGUAGUUGGUUCUAAUAAGAUCCUCACAUUACAAGAAAUGGAAGAAAUCAGACUUUGCUUACCAUAUCAAUAUAUUAAUGCCGGAUGGAAGCUUCUUUUCCAGUUAUCUAAUGACGGAUCAAGUUAUCUCUCAUUUUUCGAGAAAACAAGAAACAUUCAACCAGUUGUUCUUCUAAUUCUUACAGAUAAAAAAGAAAAAAUCGGUGCUUACAUUUCCAAGGGCUUAAAAGUCCAAAGAAACUUCUACGGUAACGGUGAAACCUUCGUGUUCAAGUAUCAUCCAACAUUUUCUUAUUAUCGUUGGACAAACGCCAAUCAAUACUUUGUUUCAUCGUCAAAGGACGAAAUUGCAAUUGGUGGUGGAGGAGCUUCAGCUCUUUGGGUUGACAGUUGCUUCAUUUCUGCUAUUUCUGAGCCUUGCCCUACAUUUAACUCUCCAGCCCUUACAUCUGUCCCACAUUUCAAGAUUGUUGACUGUGAAGUUUGGCAGCUCUCAGAACAUAUAUAA